AUGCCGCCUCCAGUUGGACCUUCCGGCGGCGCAGACGGGCAAUCUGCAGAGACGUGGUCGGAUCUGCAUGGGAGCCGCAAGGGGCUACACGACACGCAGCGCUCAGGACCCCUUGGCCUGAACUGCUGCGCGCUGCUGCGCGCGGCGCCCGUGACGCCAGAGCGGUGUCAGAACUUCAUGCGCAUGGGGUCGUUCAGGCUGGACACCGCGUGCCAGUUCCUGAGGUCCGACGAGAGUUCGCUGGCGCAGCAGCACUCCAGGGCGUUCCAGGACCUCACUGCUGCGCUCCCUCGUGGCAGCGGCUGCCACCCCUGUGCAGCAACCAUCAUGGAUCAGCAGAAUCCGAAUUUCGUACCGCAGACAAUGGAUCAGGAUGGUAAGUUGGUCGGUGCGCGGGUGCCCCCAUCUUUCUGGGCAAAGUGCUGCUUCCCGCCGUGCGCUAUCUCGGGGUACGAGACUGGCGAUCCCACCGCGGGCAUGUGUUCAGGCAUGGCCCUGUGGGCUUUCAUCCUCGAGAUUUUCUGCUGCAUGGGCUGCGUCGUGUCCCUGUGCUGCUGGUCGCCAGAUCCACAAAACAUCACAGGGGACGGCUCGCAGCGCACCGUGGAGGACAGGUGCAUGGCUGGCUUUUGCGUCGGCUUCUUGGCCAUUGCCUUCUGGGAGAACGGCGACUUCUGCUGCGGGCCGGACGGCUCGUGCACCUGGUGCACCGAGGAGGCGCUGAAGGGCUGCUUAGCUCGCUGGAUCCCUGAGCUCGUCGGCCUCCCGCCCUUGGACUGCUGCUACGUCAUGUGCAUAUGGAAGCCCGAGCAGUCGCGCAGGCUCUUCCGCCGCGACCUGAGCAACCACGGGGGCGGACAGCCUGCCCCAGUGGGCGCCCCGGUGCAGACCGGUGCAGGGAACCUCCCGUACUUCCAGGUGGGCCUGCCGCAGCAGGCCCCGCAGGUCGUGGGCCAGGUGCAGCAGCCGGUGGUGGUCGGCGCGGUCGUCGCUCAGCCAGCGGGGUACGGCGGCCAGGAGUACGGCUCGAACAAGGAGGCCUACGGCACAGCCUGA